AUGGCUCGAACACGUCUACUUGCAUAUCUGGGGCUCUGCUGUGUGGUCGCUCUGUACUUUUUUGGCAAUUCUCAAAAGUUGGGUGGUUAUUUUGAAACAAAGGAAACACAAAAUGACAUCUCUACAUCUGCUUCAACGCCAGGUUCAGAAAAGAAGGAUGAUUCGUCGCAAAGCAAAGGCAACACCAGAAUGUUGAAUAGUUCAUCUGAAUCCACAAACGCACCGUCAUCAUCACCAACAUCAUCGCCAUCAAUGACAACACCGACAUCAUCAAUAUCAGCAUCACCGUCAUCAUCAUCAAUAUCAGCAUCACCAUCGUCAUCACCACAUGUGGAACAAUCUUCGAACGAAGAUUUUUCUACAAGCCUGAAUUCAUCCGAAUACGCCACAAUUAACGCGUCAUCAACGUCACCGCAACAUGCCACUAGAAUUGAGAAGGCCAACACAACAACAUCAGUCUCGGUGUUUUAUCAUCUGUAUCUGAAAGAUGAUUCGGAAAUAGAGAGGGUCACAGAUAUAGUUCUUGACCAGUUUCAGUGGUUAAAACAAAGCAUACACAACACGGUGUAUGUAAACUCAGUUGGUACGCCUAUGCCUUUGUUGGCGAACCUUUCAAAUGUUAGUGAUGUAUUGGUGCAGAGCCAUCAGACCAGUGGGUCAGAAUUUAUCACAUUGAAUAAUAUAUGGCAAUUUUGCAAUGCCAGACCAAGCGAGAAGGUUGCGUAUCUUCAUUCAAAGGGUUCGUUUCACGCGACAAAGGUAAACGAGGAAUUGAGAAAAGUGCUUUCGUUCGCUGCACUGUCAAAAGAAUGUGCAGACCUUCCAAUGACAUGCAAUGUGUGCUCACUGAAAAUGAGUCCAUUUCCACAUGCGCAUACUUCUGGAAACAUGUGGUUGGCAAGGUUUUCGUAUAUCAACAAACUGCUUGGGCCAGAUUCCUUCUUGCAAAAAAUGGGGAAAAGGGACAACCAAUUCAUCGGAAAGGGGAGAUAUGCAGCAGAACAUUGGGUUCAUUCUCAUCCACAAGUUCGGCCAUGUGAUUUGUACUCGAAAUCAUCCUUCAAUUACGGAUACUUCAGAGUCCCCUCCAUGGAAGAGCUGACAUCAAAUCUAAAAUUGGAGAUGGCUCCUCGAUUCUCGUUGGGUCACACCCUAGAGCGAAUUGUAGAGAACCGAUUUGCAAGGGGACAAAUAAAACACUACCCUUCAUUUGCACAGAGACUUAAUGAGUACACAAUGCUCUAUGGUAUUGAGAAACCUGAUCUGGAAUGGUGGGGAUGGACGUUUUUCAAUGCAACGUCCAAAGACAAUAGAACAAUUCCACCUCAUUUGUUAUCAGCCUGA